AUGGCUACCACCACCGUCACCGCGAAUGGUCGCUCCAGCCGGUCUGGAAGCUCGAAGAAGAUGGUUGUUCUCAAAAUGUCCCCCGAUCUACUAAGCCAGUUCGCGACACCAACCCCAGAGAGCAAGGAAUUGAAGAGCAAGAAGCAAAGUGACACCCCGGCCGAGUCUCCAGUGAAAUUCAAGGAACCCUCAUCACCUGCUUCUUCAUCCGCGGAACUGCCGCCCCCGCCCUCUUCUGUGGACAAUGCCUCCGAUGCAGCCUCUACGCCUGCUGCAGGCACCUCCGCUGCCGACACUCCCCGUCGCAGGGGAGUGCCGGGCCCUAAGCCGGGGAGCAAACGGGGCCUAGGCCAAACGGGUGAGACAUACCCGAGGCCGAGAGGCAAACCCGGCCCCAAGAAGAAACUAAGACUUGAUGAUGGCACUGUCGACCAUGUCAAGAUGGCUGCUAAUCAUAAGCUCGGACCUAAGGCCAACCUUGGCGCCAUCAAUGCUGGUCUGCGGGCGCUGGACCGGAGCGGUGCCCCAUGCCGGAGAUGGGAGCGUAAGGUCUUGCAAUUGAAAAGCUUCACGGGCAUCCAAUGGGCAUUGCCGACCUGGCGCGCUCCCAAACCUCAGAAGCCCGAGGAAAAUAGCGAGGCUAAGGAGAUUGCACUCGAGACCGGGGACAGUGACAGCAAGGCCAAUCAAAGUGCCAGCGGGGUCCCAAGUGAGAAGAGCAAUAUGAGUGAUGGGGACCUUACCCCACUGCCUUCGAAUAUUCCUGACGCCUCCUCGCCGGCUCCUGCCAUUGCCAUGACCGCCUAG